AUGAUUGUGCUGUCAAUUGUGCUCCUUUUUCUCACAGCGAUAGUGAUUAUUCUACGCUGCUUUGUUCGUCUGAAAUUCGCAAUUUUCGGUCUAGAUGACGGUCUCAUGCUUGCAGGUUGGCUAUUACAUGUUUCCCAUGUAGCCAAAGUAACUAAGGUUUCUGUUGGUAUUAUUCUUAGUCUAGCAGUUUUUGCGUCUAUAUUUACUCUCAUUCGAAUACCUUGUUACAAGGGUAUCACUACUCCGGAGAGCUUCUUUCUGGCAGCCGGCGAGAGGAACAAGAACUGGGAGCGCCUUGAUGGUGGUGAAGGUUCAUCUGGUCAAAAGAUUCAUGUUCAGGUGGAUCUAGAGAUGCAGUACUUGGAGAGACCCCACACGCCCCAGGAUUCAGAUGGGUCCCGUACGGACCUUGUGCACGUAUCCCGCGGAUGA